CCCAGAGUACAACACCCAAAAGCACACCUUCUCCCUGGCUAUGACCGGCUGAGAUGGGGCUCUGGCAGUGAUACCGCUGGGAAGGGCCUUUGAGUGAUCACACAUUGGGACUCCGGGAUUGCCCACCUACUCCGACACUGCAGCCCGGCCUACGUGGCCAGCAUGAGCGUUGGGCGUAUCAACCGUUACAGCAUUGUGUCGUCGGAGGAGGAGGCGCUGCGCCUCACCAAUAUGCACAGCAGCAGCGGUGGCGGCAUGAACGGCUUCGGCAACGGCAAGAUCCAUACACGCCGCAAGGUCCGCAACCGCUUUGUCAAGAAGAAUGGCCAGUGCAACGUGCAGUUCACCAACAUGGAGGACAAGUCGUCGCGCUACAUGGCCGACCUUUUCACCACGUGCGUGGACAUCCGUUGGCGCUACAUGCUGGUGCUGUUCACACUGGUGUUCGUGCUGUCCUGGCUGGCCUUUGGCCUGGCCUUCUGGGUUAUAGCAUUGCUCCACGGCGACCUGGACAACCCGGCCGGAGACGACAACUUCACGCCUUGCGUCCUGCAGGUCAACGGCUUCGUGGCCGCCUUCCUGUUCUCCAUCGAGACCCAGUCUACCAUCGGCUACGGCUACCGCUGUGUGACAGAGGAGUGUCCGGUCGCCGUGUUCAUGGUGGUCUUCCAGUCCAUCGUUAGCUGCAUCAUCGACUGCUUCAUGAUCGGCGCCAUCAUGGCCAAGAUGGCACGGCCCAAGAAACGUGCGCAGACACUACUGUUCAGCCACAACGCAGUGAUCGCUUUACGCGACAGCAAGCUGUGCCUCAUGUGGAGGGUGGGGAACCUAAGGAAGAGUCACAUCGUAGAGGCCCAUGUCAGAGCUCAGCUCAUCAAACCCCGGAUCACUGACGAAGGGGAGUAUAUCCCCCUGGACCAAAUAGACAUCAAUGUGGGCUUUGACAAAGGCCUGGACAGGAUCUUCUUGGUUUCUCCCAUUACGAUUAUCCAUGAGAUCAAUGAGGAUAGUCCACUAUAUGGGAUCAGGAAAAAUGACCUGGAGACGGCGGAUUUUGAGAUCGUGGUCAUACUGGAAGGGAUGGUCGAGGCAACCGCCAUGACUACGCAGGCCCGCAGCUCCUAUCUGGCCACGGAGGUACUGUGGGGUUACCGGUUCGAGCCAGUGCUCUUCGAGGAGAAGAACCUGUACAAGGUGGAUUACUCUCACUUUCACAAGACCUACGAGGUACCGUCCACCCCGUGCUGCAGUGCCAAGGACAUGGUGGAGAACAAGUUCCUGGUGCCCACCUCCAACUCCUUCUGUUACGAGAACGAGCUGGCCUUUCUCAGCCGGGAUGAGGAUGAGGAAGAGGAGGUGGUGGGUAUGGGCAGUGGUACAUUCAGAGCGCUGGCCAACCUGAACAGUCCGGACCGGAACAAUCGACACGAGUUCGAGCGGCUACAGACCACCAGGGGACUGGACCAAAGGUCGUACCGCAGGGAGUCGGAGAUAUGACCUCUGGCCUACCUGGGGUCAACUUCAAUACGUUUUCUUUCCUUCCAAGGGUAAAAAUGCAGAACAAUGCGCAGUGCCAUAGGACUACUGUAAUAGUAUGUAAAGUAAAUGAGGGGACAGUGAAAGGGAAAGCGGGACACUGGAAAUAGUGGAUGCUAGCAAACGUAUGCAGCAUGCAAAACUGUGGUAAACAGGACCACAACAAAAGGAAAAGGCCAGUGAAGGACAUUAUUCCUUCAUGGAAACUUGAAUCUUCAUUUUUCAUUUGAGUUGAGAGUGUUUAAUUAUGCAUCGAACAGGUAUAAUGACAAGACCUAAUAAUCAGGUCCUAGGUGUAAAUAUUAUUCCUUAGAUAAGUUAUGUUUCAUGUGGAGUAUUAUUUUAAAAAACAUCUUUAAAAGAUUAUUUGUAGCUAUUUCAAGUUGCUAUUGGGCACAAAUGGCAGCGUUACAGUUUAAAGCUACAUAUAAGCUUCCCACAUUGCUGGAAUUCACAAUCGCUGGAACUGAGUUCGACGACACAUUGAAAAUUCCUGUAAAAGUGCACUGCAACAUUCAGAAGCAAUGAGCCAUGCUAAAUGGUCUAACCAUCCACGAGCCACUGAAGCACAACAUAGUUUCACAACUUGGACUUAAUUUUAACCAGUUGUGAUGAAUACAUAUCAUUUGCACUAUAAGCAGAACUUAAGAGUAGGCCCUAUAGUAAUGCAAUAAAUUAAUUUAGAAUGGGCAAUACAUUUUAUUGUUCAUUUUGAUACCCCUUGCUUAAAACAUUAAAAUAACACAGGAUUAUUCUGACCUCAAUGAAGUUUGAAACUACGAAGUUGUUGAUAUGGAAAAUAUCAUUACAUUUCAUAAUUCUUUUGAUUAUUCUCUUUACAAUGAAUCUAUGCAUAUCAUUAAUGUUAUCAGGAGACAGAAACUCAAUGGAGAUGAUGCAAUACAAUCAUCAUUGCAUAAUUCUACAAAGAGAACGGGUUUGAUGAAAGUAUGUCUGAACUCAAUGAGAAUUGAAGGGCUUCACAUGUAAAAAGCAUUUACCGUCUAUUACACUGCAUGACCAAAAGUAUGUGGACCCCUGCUCGUUGAGCAUCUCAUUCCAAAA